AUGAGAAAUGUGGUGGUUGAAGUGUUGCUUCUGAUCUCUAUGGUCCUCUUGGAGUUGAGUAAUGCAUUUGCACCUUCUGUUUCGUAUGAAUGGGUCGUCUCUUAUUCCCAACGUUCCGUUCUCGGAGCCAACAAGCAGAUCAUAGUGAUCAACGACAUGUUUCCUGGACCGAUCCUUAGUGCAACAGCAGGCGAUAUAGUAAACGUAAACAUCUUCAACCACUUGACCGAACCUUUUCUCAUGACCUGGAAUGGAUUGCAAAUGCGGAAGAACUCGUGGCAAGACGGAGUUCGAGGGACAAACUGUCCCAUACUACCGGGAACAAAUUGGACUUACCGGUUUCAGAUAAAAGAUCAGAUCGGAAGUUACUUUUACUUUCCAACUCUUCUACUCCAAAAGGCAGCCGGAGGAUACGGUUCAAUUAGAGUCUAUAGUCCAGAGUUAGUCCAGGUUCCAUUCCCUCACCCCGAUGGAGAAUUUGACAUCUUGAUCGGAGAUUGGUUCUAUACUGACCAUAGGGUUAUGAGAGCUUCACUUGACAAUGGUCUCAGUUUAGCAACCCCUGAUGGUAUUCUUAUUAAUGGCCGUGGCCCCGAAGAGACUUUUUUUGCAUUUCAACCAGGUAAAACAUAUAGGCUAAGAAUAUCAAACGUGGGACUCAAAACAUCUUUAAACUUCAGGAUCCAGGAUCAUGAUAUGCUUCUAGUUGAGACAGAGGGUUCGUAUGUUCAGAAACAUACCUACUCCAGCUUGGACAUCCACGUAGGCCAAUCAUAUUCUGUUCUCGUCACUGCCAAAACCGACCCGGUUGGAAUUUACCGCUCAUACUACAUCUUCGCCUCAGCCCGGUUUACUAAUUUCUACUUGUCUGGUAUAGCUUUAAUCCGCUAUCCCAACUCCCCUCUUGACCCGGUCGGACCAGUUCCAGCCGCACCUGAACCAUGGGAUUACGCCUCCUCGGUUCAACAAGCCCUAUCCAUUAGAGAGGACUUAGACGUUGGAGCGGCAAGACCGAAUCCACAAGGCUCGUACCAUUACGGACGAGUAAACGUGACCAGGACGUUAAUCUUUCAAAACGACGUUAUGACGUCGUCGAACAAGCUCCGUUACACAGUGAACGGCGUUUCGUUUGUCUUCCCCGAAACGCCGUUGAAGCUCGUUGAUCAUUUCCAGCUAAAGAACACGAUUGUCCCCGACAUGUUCCCGACUUAUCCUUCGAACAAAACGCCGAGUUUUGGAACUUCUGUGGUCGAUAUUCGGUACAAAGAUUUCGUCCACAUCGUCUUCGAGAAUCCUCUAGAUGAAUUGCAGAGCUGGCACAUCGACGGUUACAAUUUCUUCGUUGUCGGAAUGGGAUUUGGUGGUUGGUCUGAAAGCAAGAGAGCUGGAUAUAACUUGGUGGACGCUGUUUCUAGGUCAACAAUUCAGGUUUAUCCAUAUUCGUGGGUAGCAAUACUGAUAGCUAUGGAUAAUCAAGGGAUGUGGAAUGUGAGGUCCCAGAAAGCAGAGCAAUGGUAUCUAGGUCAAGAGCUUUACUUGAGGGUCAAGGGAGAUGGACAAGAAGAUCCCUCGAAUAUUCCGGUCCAAGAUGAAUGUCCGAUCCCGGAGAAUUUCAUCCGUUGCGGCAGAAUUCUCCAGUAA